CUUCACAAAUAUGGCCGCCGGAGAGAGCACUGAUGUGACGUGAUGCCGAGCAGUGCCCGCCUUGUUCCGUUCUGAGUUCUGACAGAGUGGAGAAGUGCUGGGUUUCAAGGCAGUAAAAUGACCUUUCAGUGGACAGCAGUGGCUUCCUUUCUUUAUGGUGAAAUAGCAGUUCUAUUAAUCCUUUGCAUCCCAUUUGUUUCUCCUUUAAGAUGGAGAAAGAUAUUCCGAUUUCAGUUAUGGAGUAAAAUAUCUCCUUACUGGAACAAAGCAUUUUUAUCCAUCAUAGUUGUGCUGAUUGUUCUUUUUCUUGAUGCUAUAAGAGAGGUUAGAAAGUACUCUUCAACCCCAACAAUUGACAAGAACGCAGCUCUUCCUGGUGGUUAUGAUCACAUCCAUAUGAAGCUUUUCAGAUCCCAGCGGAAUCUGUACAUCUCUGGAUUUUCUCUGUUUCUGUGGCUCGUUCUGCGUCGUGUUAUAUCUCUGAUAAAUCAGCUGGCAUCGGUGAUGGAUGACAAUGAUGCUUUGCAAACACAAGUAGAGAAGGUCAACGGAGCUGCCAAAAAGCACAUGGAAGACAAUGAUGAACUAAAAAAGAUUUUGGAUUCAAAUAAACUUGGAAAAAAUGAAAAGACUAUUAAAGCAGAAAACGAAAAGCUAAAAAAAGAAAUUGAAGAUGGGAAAGGAGAAUUAAAGAGACUGUCAGAAGCUCUUUCCAAAUCCCAAACAGAAGUAAUUGCAUUGAAGAAGCAGAGUGAAGGCCUUACACGAGAGUAUGAUCGACUCCUAACUGAACAUGAGAAGCUACAGAACAUUAAAGAAGAGGAACAUGAUAAGAAAGAACUGUAACUGACUCAUCAGCUGUCUGUCUAAGAGACUAAAAGGAUGUGAAAAGCUCAUCUACAAUCUUGCUUUAUUUUUGCAACUCAGAGGAAAUAUGCAAUAGAGAAAUGCAAAGGUUUUCAGGUUAUUCUGUGUGAUGUAGAAGUAUGGUCUUUGUUAUCACAAAAUGUAUAUUUUAUUUUUAUCAACAAAUUUUGCUGACUUCUUUCUGAAUAACCAUUGUUAACUGCCCAACUCUGGCCUUAACAAUUGUUUAGUCGCUGGUCUGGAGCAAACAUGCAGCCAGUUAAGUCCGAUAUCACCAGUUGCAGAUUUGUACCAGGCUAGUGUUUUAGAAAUUCUUUGAAUUCACAGAACAAUUAGGAAAAUGGCAUUUUCAAAAGAAGACUUCAGCAAUAGUGACGCAUAUAUUUUACUUAUCAGUAAGGGGCUUCAGAUUAUUCUGACAAAAAAAGUGUCACAAUAUUCUUCAGUACAGGUGGAAAUAGACAUGCACUGUUGGUUUUGGGGAUUUUUGUGAAUCAUAUAUAACACAUACAUAUGCUGUGAAGACAUUUGUUUAGUUUUAUUGGUAGAUUUAGGUUUGAAUGGUGAGAAUUUGCAUGUCUGAUUUGUUAUUUUUUUUUUAUGUUUGUACGUCGUCAAUGUUUUUCCUUUUCCUACCCAGUGUGAUCAGAGUACAAAAAUGUGUAAACAUUUUAAGUACAAUCACCUCGGAGUCUAUCAUUUCAGUAAAAUUACACAAUACUUUCACUUUAAGCCAUAAAGUAGAAGUUUAUUCACUUGCUGAGAAGUUUCUUCACUUGCUGUAGUUCAUAUCCUAAAGGUAUACUGCUUACUACAAAGUGCUGCCUUCAGUGCCAUCUCUCCACUGCUACAAAGAAUAGGAUACCCAGCCUCACCAGAGCGCCCUCAUCUCUCCCUCUUUUCUGUAGUUCAUAUCCUGUUCUAUUGUAUUGUCACAUUAAGCAGCUCUGAAGGAACCCAGCUCUGGCUUUGGAGUCUCCCUCCGCUCAUAAUCACCCAACUCAUAGCUUACGGUACGAAACGUCCUUAACAUCAAAGGAAGCUAAUUUUCAAUGUAUGUAAUGUAAACCUGACAAAAUAUAAAUACAGGAGCGUGGCAAUGCUGAUUUUGUUGUAGAAAAUACUAGUCUUUUGGCUGUUGGUCCUAUAGCUAGCAUACGGUACAACUUAAUGAUUCAAAAUAUUAAUCACCUCAAGUACCAGCAUGUUACACCUAUUUAAUUACCAGGCCAUUUUUUCAGUUUUCAGUGCUGUAAAAGUUUGGCAACUACUCUGACAAGCAACAUUGUAACCAAAAUAAAUUUAUAAUUUUUUUUUUGAGACAGAGCUUUCUUUUGGCAGCAUUAUUUUUUUUUAUAUAUAUAAAAGAAAAAAACUGUUCCCUUUCUUUAUACAACAAAUAAAAAGGCCGGACAGUACAAACUCCACCCCACCCCUUCCAAAUGUAGACAGCCUAGAUCUUAUUUUUGCCUCAAUUUUAUUUUUAGAAAUGAAGAGAUGUUGGUAUUGAGGUGGUUAAGGUGCACUUAGCCUUUAAAAGUCACCCACUGAAGCUAAGUGCAAGUCUUCUAUUUUGUGUGCUAUGUCUAGAUGGCAUGGAUAUACCCAAAACAUUUUAAAACACCCCAAAAAAUCCCUCAAUCAUUAGUGGUCAGUGACACUAUAGAACUUCCCAAAACAAUCCCAGAAUAAUUGUGGGUCAGUAGGAUUGUAAAACUCCCACCCUCCAUCAUUGGCCGUCAGUAGAAACUUAACCUCCUCCCCCAUCCCCCAAAAACAGUCGCAGAGUGGUGGUGGUUAGUGGCAUUUUACAUCUCCCUUAAAAUGAUCCAAAAACCAUUGGUGGUCAGUGGUAUUGGUGGUUGUUGCCCUCUAACCCCACAAUUAGUCAGUCGUUUCUGCUGCACCCUGGAUGAUUUGAUGCAUGGAGUAAUUCAUUAAAUCCUUUUCCUUCACCUUUUGCUGUUGUGAGAGGAAGGGGCAGAUGCUCCAGUGCAAAACGUAAUUUUGUUUACAUUUGUGAUCACUAUAAUUAGCUAUCAUAGUGAUCACAAUGCACAGAUCCUCCCAUAGGCUCUGUGCCUAUUGCCUUUGCUCUUUGCUGUCUAUUGAAAGUGGGAACUGUGGCAUUGUGUGUGCAUGGGUAAACGCUCCUAGAUAAACAAAAAGUCUCUCUUCAAAUGAUCUAUUAGGUUAAAUAACCACUCCCCUUAGCAGCCUUUUUACUACAACAGCCAGUAAGGAGGUGGUUAAGCUAAAGCGCCACUACGGUCAA